CCUUUGGCCAACUGGCAUGUCUGUCAUUUUACGCAGGGGAAAGGCUGUUCACCUGCUCAGACAGUGGGAACGGAUUGACUCGGUUAUCUCGAUUGAAGGUACAUCAGCAAGUUCACACUGGGUAAGGCCAUUCACCUGUUCCGUGUGUGGGAAGGGAUUCAGUCAGUCUUCCCACCUGUGCACACACCAGUCAGUUCAUAACACACCAGGCAGAGGCUGGUCAUCUGCUGAACUUCUGGGAAAGGAUCCACUCAGUCAUCUAACCUAAUGGCUCAUCAGCGAGUUCACACUGGGGAUAAGCCGUUCACCUGCUCAGAUUGUGGGAAGAGAUUCAUUCAUUCAUCCAGCCUACAGAGACAUCAGCGAGUUCACACUGGGGAGAAGCCGUUCAUCUGCUCAGAAUGUGGGAAGGGAUUCACUGAUUCAUCCAGCCUACAGAGACAUCAGCGAGUUCACACUGGGGAGAAGCCGUUCACCUGCUCAGAAUGUGGGAAGAGAUUCACUCAGUCAUCCACCCUACAGAAUCACCAGCGAGUUCACACUGGGGAGAAGCCAUUCACCUGCACAAUCUGUGGGAAGAGAUUCACCCAGUCAUCCACCCUACUGAGUCACCAGCGUGUUCACACUGGAGAGAGGCCAUUCACCUGCUUAGACUGUGGGAAGAGAUUCACUCAUUCAUCCACCCUACUGAGUCACAAGCAAGUUCACACGGGGGAGAGGCCGUUUACCUGCUCAGAAUGUGGGAAGGGAUUCAUUGAUUCAUCCAGCCUACAGAGACACCAGCGAAUUCACACUGGGGAGAAGCCGUUCACCUGCUCAGAAUGUGGGAAGGGAUUCAUUGAUUCAUCCAGCCUACGGAGACAUCAGAGAGUUCACACUGGAGAGAGGCCAUUCACCUGCUCAGAAUGUGGGAAGGGAUUCAUUCAGUUAUUCCACCUACAGAAUCAUCAGCGAGUUCACACUAGUGUGAGGCCAUUCACCUGCACAAUCUGUGGGAAGAGAUUCACACAGUCAUCCACCCUACUGAGUCAUCAGCGAGUUCACACUGGAGAGAGGCCAUUCACCUGCUCAGACUGUGGGAAGAGAUUCACUCAUUCAUCCACCCUACUGAGUCACCAGCGAGUUCACACUGGGGAGAGGCCGUUCACCUGCUCAGACUGUGGGAAGGGAUUCAUUGAUUCAUCCAGCCUACAGAGACAUCAGCGAGUUCACACUGGGGAGAGGCCAUUCACCUGCUCAGAAUGUGGGAAGGGAUUCACUCAGUUAUCCAACCUACUGAGUCAUCAGCGAGUUCACACUGGAGAGAGGCCAUUCGCCUGCUCAGACUGUGGGAAGAGAUUCACUCAUUCAUCCACCGUACUGAGUCAUCAGCGAGUUCACACUGGGGAGAGGCCGUUCAUCUGCUCAGUCUGUGGGAAGAGAUUCACUCGGUCAUCCGAACUACAGAGUCACCAACGAGUUCACAUUAGGGAGAAGCCGUUCACUUGUUCAUUCUGUGGGAAGGGAUUCACUAAGUCAUCCACACUACAGAGUCACCAGCGAGUUCACACUGGAGAGAGGCCGUUCACCUGCUCAGUCUGUGGGAAGAGAUUCACUCAGUCAUCCAACCUACAGACUCAUCAGCGAGUUCACACUGGGGAGAAGCCGUUUACCUGCUCAGAAUGCGGGAAGAGAUUCACUCGCUCUUCCACCCUACAGAGACAUCAGCAAGUUCACACCGGGGAGAAGCCGUUCAUCUGUUCAUUAUUUGGGAAAGGAUUCACUCAGUCAUCCCAACUACUGGCACACCAGUCAGUUCACAAUGGGGAGUGGUCGUUAUUAUGAAUCCCUAGGUUUUGCUUGCUGUGGACUGUCAUUUUAAGAGAGAGAGACAGAAAUUAGGAUGGUGAGUCAGUCUGACUUGCAGGUUGUUUAAUUUGCUCACAGCUUGUUUAGUUUUAACUGAGGACAGAGACACUCAGACGGAGAGGAAGGAGGAAAAGUGGAAGGAUCGGAACCGGGGAACUAGUGGCUGAGGGUCACUGUUUGGAACUUUCCUGUGACCACAAGGGUGGGUUAAUUAUCGAUUCACCAUAUAUCGAAUGUGUGGUUAUCACCUCGUUUGAUCCAUAGGUGUGGAUCGGAUUUGGCGUAUCCUGUGAAGACCACUUAUGUGUUAACCCUUGUCUGGGUUUGAUGUGAUAAUUCACUUGAAGAUGAUACCCCUUGUGACAAGUCACUUUCAGUGAUAAUUUGUAUGUGGAUUUGGAACGAUGAAGCAUAAAAUCUACAGCGACUGUUGUCUCGUUUUACCACAGUGGAGCCUGUGGAAUUCGACAUAAUUGCCUUCUCUCGCCAUUUACCCUGGAUUACAAAUAUCUCUCUCAUCACCUAUUCUGUGGUUAUACUGAACUUUCAUACUCUAACACAUCAAGACUUGAAGCCUUGUUUCCCCCAAGCUUAAUAGUUUGGAAGUUAUAUUUACACACAUAUAUACACAUAACUUCUGAUUUUCUUGCUUAAGUUACUGUAUUAUAACUAGAUUCUAAUAAAGAUCCUUUUAUCAUCAAAAACAGUCUUCAGGUGU